AUGGACAAUAGCAAAGCGAAGUAUGAGGCAGAGAUUACGAAGAAGCUUGAUGCAUUUAAGAAUGCGAAGGAAUGGUCUGAUUUUAUUUCUUUGCUGAAUUCACUUGACAGCACUAUCAAAAGAUAUGCGAUUGCGGAUGUUCCCAAGAAGAAGCUUUUGUUCAAACGAUUGAAUCAGUGCCUGAAUCCAGGAUUGCCAGCUGGUGUGCACAACAAGGCGUUGGAAACGUACUCUUUGGUGUUUGGGAAGCUUUCAAGAGAGGACUUUGUGAAAGAGUUUGACUUUCUGACGCUUGGUCUUUUUACGUUUUCUGCGCAUAGUCGGAUUCUUGUGACUGGAUCGUUUUUGGAUGUGCUUGAGAAGUAUAUUAUUCCACUUGGAAAGUGUAUUGAGAAGUAUUGCAAGAGUGUUUUGAUUGGACUGUUUCCACCGAUGGAGUUUGAGUCUGGAGAGUACUACAACCGAGCAAGAUUGAUAAUGAUGGACUUUAGGAAGUUUGUAUCGACGGAUAUGUUUUAUCACUCACUCUGGAGUAUUUUUUUGAAUGAUGAGAGAUUGAGAAUGUCUAUAUCAAACUACAUAUUUGAUGCAGAAAAGGAGGAUGUGAUACAUGACAGCAUGAAGCUUGUAUCUAAGGCGUUGUGUGCAGGUCUAGCAAGCGAAUCUGCGUUGGUUGUGAGACGAUGUCUUGAUUUAUUGAUAUAUGUGUUUGCAGACACAGGUAGUAUUGAGGAUGGAAUGAUUACUUGUGACCUUGUUGAGGCAGUUGUGAAGCUUUUUGUAAAGAGGGAUCUUUCGCUCAACAAGAGGAUUUAUGCAUGGAUGAAGUUGAAUGAGAGAGCUUGCAGAUCGGAUUUGGCGCUUCUUACGAAUGUGAUGAGGAGGUUUAUUGCAAGAAGCAGUGCUGAGGACAUGCAGUUUUUUUUCAGGAUUCUGAUAACACUACAGGACAAAGGGAACCUGUGCGAGGUUAUUAUGUAUAAUCUUGUGUUUGAAGUUCUUGAGAGUCUUAGACAGCAUAGUAAUGGAGAUUUUGUAAGUGUGAUCAGUGGAGAGUUUUUAGAGGGACAUAAUGAGAAGAUAGACGUUCUGAAGAUAGCAAAGGUGUUUUUGACAAGUGAUCUUGAUGGGAUGUGGAGGAUAUUCUAUAUGAAGUUAAGAAAGGAGCUUAUUGAAGAGAAUGAAUGCGAGAUGGUUAGCAUGAAUGAUGAGUGUAUUAGUGUUGAUGGCAUGAGAUUGGGUUCUGUACAAGACCGUUAUAUUGAAUCUUGGAAUACAAAUGAAUGUAUUUUUACAGAUGUGAGUCAAGAGCAGAAAAUAAAAUGUGAUGAUAGAUAUGAUGCAAGAGAAAUAAUGAAGAUGCAGUUUGAUACGGGAAUGCGUCUUGGUUGUGACGAGAUGCUUGAUAUUGUAAGAUAUGUUGUUGAGGAACAUGUGAUGGUUGAUGUGGAGGUCUGUAAGUAUCAUCUUCCGUUUUUGACUGGCCUUGUGCUGCAGAAUUCCCAACAGUUUGAUUUUGGAGUGCUGCUUAGAUUUUUGAGGCUGAGCAUUGAAGUGAUGAAGCUUGAGGAAGGGAAUCCAGGAAGGCAAGAAUGUAUGCAGGAGAUGGUUUACAGAUUUUAUAUUGAAGAGAAUACCGAACUUCUGAAGUUUAUACAACCUUGGCUGCUCAGUGAGAUUUCCGUACAUCUUGAACGUGUUAUUGAGUUUGAUGCAGAACGUCUAUUACCGCUAAUGAUUGAGUUUAUGAAGAAAUAUGGAGUUGGCGUGUUUUCGAAUGAGUUUAUGCAACGAUACCAUGAGAUUGUGUUGAAUAUGCCUGCGGGCGUUAUUAAGAAGCAUUUACAGGUUUAUGAGAUGAUUGACAUAAAUAAGCUUGAUUGCUUGAUAAUGUUUGAGACUCUGUGGGAAAGAUUUUGUAUGAGUGGGAAGGGAGCAUGUUUGAAGAAGAAGGUUAAGCAGGUGGAUGAAGGGUUGAAUGAAUGGAGAUAUGAACUGGAUGUUGAAGUCAGUGAUGUAUGUGUGGCAAGCACAGCGAGAAGUAAUGCAAAUGCGGACCUAAUGAAAGAAGGCCUGAUGUUGCAUUGGGAUUGUGAUCAUUGGCUGUUUGCAGAGCUUAUAUGGCUAUACAAUGAUGUUUUCAACGGGGAGUUUGAAAGGUUUCUUCUGGAAAAGAUAGGAGAAGGGCAGGUUAAAGAAGUGGGAUGUUUUCUAAUUGCAAAGAUUGAGGAGUUCAAGGGAGAGUUUGACUUUAUGGAGGUAUACUAUGUAAUCAAUUGCAAGCUUGAUGCCGAGGAUUCUGUGUUGGACAUGCUCUUAUGCUCUUUAACAUAUUUUGAUGAUAUAUUUUUGUAUCUUAUUAGGAGCAUCGAGAGAUCAUGCAUGAAUGUGAGUGAGAGAAUGAUUAAUGGUGUAUCUGAUACUAAUCGGAUUUUUGGGGUUCUUAGAUGUAUAAGGAAUCUAUUGAGGCACUCGAGAAGAUUCAGGAAUUUGCUUCGGGAAUCAGAAAAUUUAAUAGAGUCUAAGGUAUUUCUUCCAGGUGCGAAUGUGAAUGCGAAGGAAAUGGUUUACAGGAUGCUUGUGCAUUUACUUGUACAUAAACAUGGAUGUAGACAAAUGAACAUUGAAGUAGUGCAGAUGCUUGAAGUGCUUGUGAGGAAAGGGAUCCUGGAUGGUGCUACAUUGAAUGUAAUUGAUGUUUUGAGGAUUGCUGAGGUUGCAAAGGAAAAUAGAGAAGAUUCGGUGAUUGUUCUUGGGAUUGGAUCAAUACUUAGACAUAGUGGCAAUGCUUCUGUGAUUUGUGAAGUUUGUGUGAUUCUUGAUAGUUGGUGUUUCUACUAUCAUGAGAUGCUUGAAUAUAUUUUUUCACUGCCUGAUAGACUGCAGAGGAAAAUUAUUGCGAAUGUGAUGUCCAUGCUUAAGAAUGAGGGAUUCGGAUUGAUGAUAGCACGUGAAAUUUUAGAAAGUAUGUUGCUGAAGAGAGGAGUUGAAGCCGAUCUUCCUGGUGUUAUUGAUAGAAGCAUGGGUUUUAUGUUUGAUUUUUUUGAAAGUCAAUAUGAACCUGAUUGCGAGGAUGCAUGCGCCAAAUGUUGUGUGAAAGGUAAGUAUAAUAUUGGCGAGGGUAUGAUUGAUGAUGGAGUGCCUGUGAAUAAGAAGUGUGUGAAUGCCAGGAUGAACAUAUUGAAGCUUAAAGCAGCCAAACAGUUGUCUGAGCUGUUUUUUAAGAAGGUACCGAUAAAGUUUAUUGAAAGGCUUGUUGAACAGCCGUGUGCCCAGCUUAUAGAAGUGCUUGACUUUAAGGAACAGCUUUAUGCAUCGGUUCUGAAUGCGCCAUCGAGUAAUGCACAAAUGUUUAGACUGUUAAUGCAUUUGAAUGGGCUGAUAGAUAAGCAGGAGCUGAUGGAUUUGUUUGAAAAAUCAAGAGGGAUGUUUGAGAGGGUUUCGUCUUAUAGGAUAGGGCCAUACUACACGUCUCUGCUUUUUGGAUUAGAUACUCUUUCUAGGCUGAAUAUGAAAAAUAACAGUGAGCCUCUUGUGCUGAUGUUUCUGCAGAAUUCUGUGUAUUUCCUACAGAAACGACUUGAUAUUAAGUGCAAAGGCGGAGAAGAUUGUUUUAAAGACGAGUUUGAGCUACUUGAUGCGAUUGUUGGAUUUGAAGAUGGUGUUUUAGGUGUGAUGCCUGGGAUGAUAGGUGUGAUAUUUACAUUGAUAAACUCGAAUGAUGCUUACCUGAGAGAGAAGGGAAUAGAUUUGCUUAUGAGGGUGAGUUCUGAAAAGGCCGAGGUGAAGUAUUGGAAACGGGAGUUUCUGGAGAUUUUCCACAUGCUUGAUUUUUUUUCGCAUGAAUUGCAUAAGAAAACUGCAUUGAUGAGGAAAAUAGUGGUUGAUGACCCGAAUGUGAUAAGUGAGCUUAUUUUAAGACUUGAUGGAGGGUUUUUUGUAUCUCAAGCAUCUGAUGUGAAUAACAAGGUGCUUGUACUCAAGCGGAUAUCUUACAUUAUAUUCUGUGCGCCUUACAACCACUUCUUAGGUGUAUCAUUGAAGAUAGUUGAGAAGAUAGCAAUGCUUAUAAGUCAUACGUCUGCUAAAGUUAAGAAGGAGGUAUUAUUUCUAUCGAAAGUUCUGCUCCUGAAGAUGUCGCAUGAUAAGCUUAUUAGUCUUUAUCCAAUAUUAUUUUAUGAUGUUGGGGUGACUGUUGAGGAGGCUGAGAAUGAAGAUUUGGCGUUACUUGGAGAAGCGCUUAAGUUGUUAGAUGUUGUUUUUUUGCUGAACACGUCUCAACUUUCUGAGAUUAGUGUAGUUUUUCUUGAUUUUUACAGGAAAGCAGAUGGAAUGAGAAAGGGAGUGUUUAGCAAGACUGAAGAGGUGUUAAGGCAAGCCUGGAAGAUUGAUAUAGAUAUUGAAGAGCACCCAAUGCCAGAGAAGCGGGUGCCUUUGAUGAUGCCUGGGAAAGUUUGCAGAGAGAAUGUCUUGAGAUACAUGGGCUCAGCAGCCAUGUACUACAACUGGUUGAACGUAAACUGCUGUGAGAUAGAUUAUGAGCAUUUGUUUAGUAUGAUUCUGGAUGAGUUAAAGGAGGUUCCUGAAUAA